UUCUGAAGUCGGUCGUGCCUUGCGCCGCGCUCCCGACUUUAAAAAAUCCUCGACGUAUCCAAACAGUGCAAAAGUGUUUGAUAAAUAUCAAAUUACAAAGUCAAAAAGGAACUAUUUUAAUACGAUAAGCUAUGCUAAUGCAUCUGCCUGACCUCGUCACACCUUGAUUUAAGGAUUCUGUUCCACUUUACGUUUCAGAUCUGAGUAUAACCUCAGCGGUCGCCGCAUCCUACAUCCGAGUUGAGCCACAUCGAGCAACACGAGCAUACGUACCACUCACCUGAGAACAAUGUUGACAUUCAUGAAGCUUAUUGUGCUGUUAAUCGGCACCCUCGUAGAAUGCUCGCCUUUUGAUGAUGGGAAGUACAAUCCAACCAAAUAUAAUUAUAACGAUGAUGGUAGAUACUACAGACCCUUAAACGAAGGCAAAUAUAUUCCCGGAGAUGAAGGAAAAUAUACUUACGUUUACAGGCAAGGCCUUUAUCCUACUGACGAUGGAGACUAUCGGUAUAUCCACCAAGUAGGGCCUGAUGGUGGCUUUGGAGGAAAUGGUGGGUUUGGAGGGAACGGAGGUUUCGGUGGAAAUGGAGGACAAGGUGGAUUUGGACCAGGUGGUCCAAAGGGUCCAGGUGGUCCUGGAGGUCCGGGGGGUAAAGGGCCGAAUGCGAUCGAAUACAUAGGCCGCAAGAGUUACGCUAACAGAUAUCCCUAUAUACACAAAGUGAUCAAAUCAUUGGUGAAUGAGUUCACAUCGUCUGACUACCUGACCUCUGAGGGCAGCUCGAACCACUACAGCAAGGUGUACUCCGACAAGGAGGUGGCUCUCAAGUGCCGGUAUUUAUCACCGUCGCAAAACCAAACUGAAUUUGUUACGCAGUACCCCCCGAGCUUGAAGGUGAAAGACGGAGAAAAGCAAGGAUCGUACUAUAGCUUCAAAGGCACGAGGGAGCUGAAUACUGUCGCCAAUGCUUUGACAAGCAAGUUGAAGUUGGAAUAUGAAGUAUUUGUGAAGGUUGUUGAGGUGGUGUCCUAAUAUAAUGAAUAUAAAUAUUAAGUUACACAAAAGUUUUAUGAGUUACAUAACAAGAUUGCAUUUCUAAAACUGUAAUACUUAUAAAAUCCUGAAAUGAGUACAUUUUAAUAAUUUAUAGAA